AUGGAAGAAAACAGACAGGGCUAUGGCCUUGCAGAGGGCAAAAUUUUGUUAGUCUGGCUGAUUUUGUUCGUGCUGCUAGUAUUGUUGCCUUCCAUGUUUAGAGUGUCAUUGGGUAUUUCUCACAUCUAUGUGAAAAUUUUAAUAAAAACGUUAGAGUGGGCCACCCUGCAGAUUGAGAAGGGAGUAAAAAUGCAGAAGGCGCUGGCACUUGAAAAUUUAAUCUCCAAUGGGAUCAUCCAGAGAGAGGAAACCUCCAUGGAAAAGGAGAUGGCUGGCCACCACAGGGAAUACUUCCACCUUGGUGACGUUAUGUACUUUGCCAAGAAGGCAUGUGAGGCAGUGGCAGAAGAUGAAGUCACCCAGCGCUUCUCCUCAGAGGAGCUGCUGUCCUGGAAUCUCCUCAGCAGAACCAAUGCCAACUUUCACUGUGUCAGCUGGCAACUGACUGUUGUAUGGAUCAUUGGGAUCCUGAUUCGGUACUGUCUCCUGAUGCCUUUUCGCGUCUGCUUGGCUUUCUUCAGCAUCCUCUUGCUGGUCUCUGCAACUACGGUAGUAGGACAGUUUCCAAAUGGCAGGGUUAAGUGCUGGCUGAGCAACCAGGUUCAGAUGACGUGUGCUGCGUUAGGUAUCCGAUGUCUGAGUGGUCUUGUUCAGUUCCACAACAGGGAAAACAGACCACGGAAAGGAGGCAUCUGUGUAGCUAACCACACAUCUCCAGUAGAUGUUCUAAUCCUGGCUAGUGAUGGAUGCUAUUCCUUGGUUGGCCAGGUACAUGGAGGGCUUCUGGGACUUAUUCAGAAAUCUUGCAUGCAAACCACUCAACAUGUUUUGUUUGAACGUUCAGAAAUGAAAGAUCGUCAUCUGGUGAGAAAAAAAAUUAGAGAACACAUUGAAGAUAAGGCCAAAUUACCCAUUUUAAUUUUUCCAGAAGGCACCUGCGUAAACAACACAUCAGUUAUGAUGUUUAAGAAGGGAAGUUUUGAGGUAGGAGGGACCAUCCAUCCAGUAGCAAUCAAGUAUGACCCCCGCUUUGGAGAUGCAUUCUGGAACAGCACAAAGUAUUCCAUGAUGACCUACACUUUUAAUGUGAUGACCAGCUGGGCUAUUGUCUGUAACGUGUGGUACCUGCCACCAAUGGUCAAAGAGGAAGAAGAAGAUGCCGUUCACUUUGCCAACAGAGUCAAGGCUGUCAUCGCUGCUCGAGGAGGAAUGUCUAUACUUCCUUGGGAUGGAGGACUGAAAAGAAAAAAGAUCAAAGAGUCUUUCAAGGAAGAGCAACAGAAAAAAUAUUGCCAGAUAGUAACAGAAAAUGGAUCUGUGCGAAAUGGAAAUGUUUAUUAA